UUUUCAUUGCAGAGAAGAAAAGGAUCAGGAGUUCUUGCUUCAACAGUGUUUGAACGGAACUUCUACCUUCGUCCUAUUCUACAACUACUUUGUGUUUUGGUCACUGCGGUUUUUUUUUUGUAGUUUCUACUUGAACACUACUGGUGGAGAAAAGCCCACAGAGAGCUUUAUUUUUGUACUUUUGGUUAAAAAAAACAAACGCCAGCAAAAAAAAAUGGAGUCUCAGGUCCGUCAGAACUACCACCGUGAGUGUGAGGCCGCCGUCAACAAGAUGGUCAACUUGGAGCUGUUCGCCUCGUACACCUACACUUCCAUGGCUUUCUAUUUCAAUCGAGAUGAUGUUGCACUGCCAGGCUUCUACAAGUUCUUCAAGGAGACCAGUGAGGAGGAGCGUGAGCAUGCAGACAAGUUCUUGUCCUUCCAGAACAAGCGAGGAGGCAGAAUCUUCCUGCAGGAUGUUAAGAAACCAGAGCGUGAUGAGUGGGGCAGCGGGCUGGAGGCCAUGCAGUGUGCUCUGCAGCUUGAGAAGAAUGUCAAUGAAGCUCUGCUGAACCUUCACAAGCUGGCCUCUGAACAUGCAGAUCCUCAUCUGUGUGAUUUCCUGGAAACUCAUUACCUGAAUGAGCAGGUGGAGACCAUCAAGAAGCUGGGUGACUACAUCACUAAUCUCACCCGCAUGGACGCCAAAAACAACAAGAUGGCAGAGUAUCUGUUUGACAAGCACACUCUGGGUGACAAGAGCUAAAUGCAGAAAGCCCAGAAGCUGAGCAUCUGUCUGGGUUGUCGGUCUUGAUUCUAAAUGUAUCCUAAUCACUAUUAAACUCCACCUGUGAAGUGGAACAAUGACGACUCCUGUUAAGAAUGAUGGCUAUGCUUCUUAUGACCAAAUGUUUCUGACAAAUUCUAAAUAAACAUUUUUGAGCUGAAA